AUGGCGGCGGUGAAGAAGAGGUUGACGCAGACCACCAUGCUCUGCCCUGCCGAUCUCGUCUCCAGGGGGAAGAUCUCGCUGGGAACCAGCCACCCCAGCGGUCCCCACGACCACCCGUAGGCUACCACGAAGGCACAGAUCGCCACCACGAGUAGCGCUGCUAGGCCUUUCGAUAGGCUCUCGCCGUGGCCGAAUUUCAGCGCCAGAGUCACUGCGACGACCACCUGCGAGAACCCACCAAAGAAAUCUCCUCAGUCAGUCAGUCGUUCCCAAGACCCCGGUGGCAGCGGUGGAGAGGCCUUUUGGGCGGUACUCACCAUGGACAGGAUCAUCUGUAUGCCAGCUUCCAUGAACAGCGCUCUCCUUCCCACUCGAUCGACGGUGGCCAUGGAAACCAGCGCGCCGAGGACGAGCAUGGAGCCGGUGAUGAUGGAGGAGUAGAGGGCGGCGCCGGAGCCGAACCCCAAGCUCUGGAAGAUCACCGGCGCAUAGAAGAGGAUCGAGUUCAUGCCGGAGAGCUGCUGGAACGCCGGGAUGCCCAGUGCUCCAAUGACUAG